AGGAGCUAGCAUGGCCAAUUUCCUUUGUAAUUUUGGAAGCAGGUCUGUUGCCAUGGAAUCUACAUUCUGACUGGAGUCGAGGUGUAUAAAGGUGACCAUUUGUUUUCAGUUUCAAAGAUCUGGCAAAAAGAUAGGUUGUUGCUCUUCUUCUGGAAAAGCCUGACUGGUAGGAUUCCUUUAAGGGCUCAGCCCCAAGAGCUUUAUCCCAUCCCCUCGCCUACUUAAAAGUUAAAGCUCCAGGAAACCUCCGAAGGGGAUUCUGCCGGCUCCAUCACUUCCCCCAAAUGGCUAAUCCUGGAGGUGGUGCUGUUUGCAAUGGGACGCUUCACAAUCACAAGAACCCCAGCCAUGGCUCGCAAAGUGGAAACGGCACCAAGAAUGGAAUCAUGAAAGAAGCCCAGCAAAAUGGGAAGCCACAUUUUUAUGAAAAUCUCAUUGUUGAAUCUUUUGAGGAAGCACCUCUUCAUGUUCUGGUUUUCACCUACAUGGGAUAUGGAAUUGGAACCUUAUUUGGCUAUUUCAGAGACUUUUUGAGAAACUGGGGAAUAGAAAAAUGCAAUGCAGCCGUAGAGCGAGAAGAACAAAAGGAUUUUGUGCCCCUGUAUCAAGACUUUGAGAAUUUUUACACGCGGAACCUUUACAUGAGAAUCAGAGACAACUGGAACCGGCCCAUCUGCAGUGCUCCAGGGCCUCAUUUUGAUGUGGUGGAAAGGGUAUCUGAUGACUAUAACUGGACAUUUAGGUUUACUGGAAGAAUCAUCAAAGAUGUCAUCAACAUGGGUUCCUAUAACUUCCUUGGGCUUGCAGUGAAAUACAAUGAGUCUAUGAAGACAAUAAAGGAUGUUUUAGAAACAUAUGGCUCAGGUGUGGCCAGCACCAGACAUGAAAUGGGUACCUUGGAUAAGCACAAAGAGCUGGAGGACCUUAUGGCUAAGUUUCUGAAUGUAGAAGCAGCAAUGGUCUUUGGGAUGGGAUUUGCAACUAAUUCAAUGAAUAUUCCUGCACUAGUUGGAAAGGGAUGCCUCAUUUUAAGUGAUGAGUUAAACCACACCUCUAUUGUCCUUGGGGCCCGACUCUCUGGUGCAACCAUAAGGCCCUUCAAACAUAACAAUAUAGAAGACUUAGAGAAGCUCCUGAGAGAAGCUAUCAUCUAUGGUCAGCCUCGAACUCGCAGAGCUUGGAAGAAGAUUCUCAUCCUGGUAGAGGGCAUCUACAGCAUGGAAGGUUCCAUUGUGAAUCUGCCCCAGAUUGUGGCUCUGAAGAAGAAAUACAAGGCCUACCUCUACAUGGAUGAGGCUCACAGUAUUGGGGCCUUGGGCCCAACUGGCCGGGGUGUCAGAGAAUUCUUUGGAAUGAACCCUGAUGAUGUUGAUGUGUACAUGGGCACCUUCACCAAAAGCUUUGGAUCCUCUGGAGGUUAUAUAGCUGGAAAAAAGGAACUUGUGGAUUAUUUACGGGUUCACUCACAUAGUGCUGUUUAUGCAACAUCCAUGAGCCCCCCGAUUGCAGAGCAAAUCAUCAGAUCCCUGAAACUCAUCAUGGGCCUGGACGGGACCACACAAGGAUUGCAGAGAAUACAGCAACUUGCAAAAAACACAAAAUACUUCCGAGAGAAGCUGAAGGAACUGGGAUUCAUUAUCUAUGGCAAUGACAAGUCUCCUGUUGUUCCUGUGCUCCUUUACAUGCCUAGUAAAGUAGCGGCUUUUGCAAGGCAUAUGUUAGAAAGAAAAAUCGGGGUGGUCGUCGUUGGAUUUCCAGCUACUCCACUCGCAGAAGCUCGGGCUAGGUUCUGCAUUUCGGCAGCACAUACUCAGGAGAUGUUGGACACAGUUUUGGAAGCCCUUGAUGAAAUGGGUGAUCUCCUGCACCUGAAAUAUUCCCGGCACAGGAAGUCAGCACGCCCUGUACUCAAUGACGAAAUGAGCUUUGAACUUGACGAUUAAGUUUCCUGGUCCUGGAUGGAACAUAAAGACUUUGCCAGAAAGACCUCCCUCCUUGCCUCAGAAGGAAUAUAAAUGGAUUUCUCCCCCUUCCUAAGGACAAUUUUGUUUUUCAGACCAGCUUAAUUGAACUGAGGGAGACAUCAUUGUGUUUUCAAUGUCUCAACAUGUGAC